UCUUCUUGCUCAUCAAUGGCGUACCAGUUACCUCACGAAACUAGCACCAAACGCAAGUUCAAUGAUUAUGCCGCUGCCAGCACAGCCAGGAUGAGACAUAACGAAAUCCUCUUCAAUUCUUCUCUGAAAACUCCCAUUCAAUUCUUCGUCCGUAUGUUUUCCGGCGGCAAAACCCUGGUCAUUCAAGCCUAUUCGUCUGAUACAGUUGCAUCAGUUCACUGGAAAAUCCAUUCCAUCACCGGAAUUCGACCAAUCCGAUCGACCUCUGCUGUACCAGCAAUGGAACAGCGAUUAAUCUACCGCGGCAAACAGCUUGAGUUGUCCCAAACGUUAUUGGAAUGUGGUGUACAAAAUGACGAUACCCUGCAACUGAUGAGUGACUUGAAUUUGGUUAUUCAUGACCUCUGCAACUGCAAUGACGACACAGAUAUUAAUGCUAAUGUCACUCGUAUGACGAAGAUGCUUACCGAUUUUCUCGCAAAUACCCCGAAGGAUGGCGCAGAUGGAUCGGAGGAAUAUCUCCAAAUGUUUAUUUACUUCUGUGUUCCUGCGGCCCUGGUAAAACUUUAUAUAUCUCCUUCUGUAAUUAAAAAACAAGCUGCUCAUGGAUGCGUUUGUCAAUUUAUAGAUAACUGUAGGAUACUUUUCACCGAUCCUACAACUGUAUAUAGGCAGUUUGCUCCUAUAUUCUUCGAGUUCUGUACGAUUCUAAGAGGGGCUGCUGGUGUUGAUGAUACUUUAUAUAUAUUUUGCCGUAGUAGUUUAGCUGCAAUGAUGAAGGGGAAUGUCCAUGAUGUUAAGCAUGUGUUAAGAUUGCAGGAUAUUUUCCCUUUUGUUCAUGAGUUGGCAACAAGGUUAUCUCAUGCUUUGGAAUUGAGUGUGCAAUUAGCUGAGUUUAUACAGCUAUCAGAGAGUGAUGUGCGUGAGUUUAUUCAGUUCAUGCAUCGGGUAAAGUGUGCAAUACGACGUCAAAAAGCAUUUGGCAGUCUGGUUAGUUUCCCUUCCUUGAUGCAAGAUGAAGCAGGAAAUGAAAGAUCUGAGAUUAAAGGCGUGCAUCAUGUUUUUUGUGACUUGCUGGAAAAAUCGGAGCUGUGUCUGAAGGAACUGGAACGGCAGCUGGGUUUGGUAAACAUAGGAAGAGGUGAGCCUAUUAUAGGCUAUAACUGUAAGAUACUUUUCACCGAUCCUACAACCGUAUAUAGGCAGUUUGCUCCGAUAUUCUUCGAGUUCUGUACGAAUCUAAGAGGGGCUGUGGGUGUUGAUGAUACUUUAUAUAUAUUUUGCCGUAGUAGUUUAGCUGCAAUGAUGAAGAGGAAUGUCCAUGAUGUUAAGCAUGUGUUAAGAUUGCAGGAUAUUUUCCCUUUUGUUCAUGAAUUGGCAACAAGGUUAUCUCAUGCUUUGGAAUUGAGUGUGCAAUUAGCUGAGUUUAUACAGUUAUCAGAGAUUGAUGUGCGUGAGUUUAUUCAAUUCAUGCAUCGGGUAAAGUGUGCAAUACGACGUCAAAAAGCAUUUGGCAGUCUGGUUAGUUUCCCUUCCUUGAUGCAAGAUGAAGCAGGAAAUGAAAGAUCUGAGAUUAAAGGCAUGCAUCAUGUCUUUUGUGACUUGCUGGAAAAAUCGGAGCUUUGUCUGAAGGAACUGGAACGCCAGCUGGGUUUGGUAAACAUAGGAAGAGGUGAGCCUAUUAUAGGCUGUUGGUCCCAGUAUCUUUUAAUUCUAAAGGAGUUGGAAAGCAUUUCGAAGUUGUAUAAGGGAUUGAAUGAAAUGUUUUGGGAGAAGAUGAGGCAAAGAAGAGUUGCUUUGUGCUUUCUGAUAGAUGCUUCUAGAAGGGAGGCACAAGAACGAGGAGCUUUGCGAGAUGCUCAUUUGUAG